AUGUCCCAAAACGAAAGAACGUUCAUUGCCAUCAAGCCCGAUGGGGUCCAAAGAGGUCUGAUUUCCAAGAUCCUGGCUCGUUUCGAAGAUCGCGGUUACAAAUUGGUCGGCAUCAAGCUGGUGACACCUACGGAAAACUUGCUCAAGCAACACUACGCGGAACACGUCGACAAACCGUUUUUCCCCAAGAUGUUGGGCCACAUGACGUCGGGUCCAAUUUUGGCUACUGUGUGGGAAGGCAAAGACGUUAUCAAGCAAGGACGGGCCAUUUUGGGUGCUACUAACCCCUUAAACUCCGCUCCCGGUACUAUUAGGGGCGAUUUUGCUAUCGAUAUGGGCAGGAACGUGUGCCACGGUUCGGACUCUGUCGAAUCCGCACAACGUGAAAUCGGGCUUUGGUUCAAACCAGAAGAACUGGUUGACUGGAAACUAACGCAACUGUCCUGGAUCUACGAGUAA